GGAAAAGAUGCCGCCGGAAUUCUGAGCGGCACGGAAUUCUACGCUUCCGGCCGAGAACGAGCGUAUUGUGAGCACAUAAUUAUGAUUCAGAUUAUGCAUAAUGCCACUCUUAAUCACUGAAGCGAACGUAACGCGUAAAUUGUCAUUUAAAUCAAACGAAUAUCCAGCGAAUUUCACGGUCAAGUGGAAGUGCCAGCCAGCCAGCCGGAAGAAAUUGCCAAAUGCCGCGCUGCGAGCCAAGUUGCUAUGAUGUUUUCACCUGCAAUCAAGUCAAGGUGCUGCCAGCUUUCCAAUUACAUAUGCUAGAUACACGAUUUGCAUAAGCAUCGCCAGCUGAUCGACCCGUUUUGUGCACCCAAACCCAAAACUGGUUACCGGAACCAAGCCGAUGAAUAUUGAUUCGCUAGAAAGUUGAAUUCGCUGCCGCGCCACUGCAAUUUGCCCAUUAACAUCAACAUUAACCGAUGCCAACGAUUCCCUUGCAGAGAACAAACAUCACGUGGCCGGGGGUGAAUGCAAAAGCCAAUAGCACGUAGCCCCACCAGCGGAGUCAUAAACAAGAAAAACUCACUCAAAUCGCCCGCCAAACACACAAAACAAAAGCCACUCAAAACAAACGCACGGCUGCGCCGUCGACGGCGGCAGAGAUCGGGCCAUGCUUUAUAUAAAAUCAACUGAGCAUAUCUGUUGGAAUUCAUUAAACGUUUUACCGCACAGGCCGACGUACAGCGGUUCGAGAUCCGAGAUCCCAAAUCCAAAAUCCGAAAUCCAAAAGCCCGAGCGCCCCACCGUCUUCUCACUCACACGCACACACUGCCGCGCAGCUCAAUCAGCCAGCAAAUAUGAAAUUCUUAGUCACCAUCGCCACCCUCUGCCUCCUUGUGGCCUUCGCCGCGGGCCAGCAAUACUUUCUGGGCCAGUUCCCCAGCAGGACUCGCUUUGGAUUCGAUCCCGUGGCGCUAGCGGGACCCUCAUCGGCCACACAGGUUCGGGAUCCUCGACAGAACAGGGGACCCGUGGUCUUCCCCCCAUCCCCUCCAGACGCAGUGGACGAGUCCAGCGGCGUGGUCGUGGGCGCCUCCGGAUACGGCUUUGUGCCGCCCCAGCAAAGAAAACUCUCUGGUUAAAGUUACAAAUCUUCUGCACACCGAAUACCAAAUCUUCCCCACCCCACAACACAAUACAACACAACACCACACACCGAUUACCAGUAAUUAACCCAAAGCACUCGAAAGCACCACAAUCACACACUUUGCACACCAGCACCGGAAACGGAAAUGCGUCCCUCUUAGCUAAUUGCAGCCACCCACAAGUAAAAAUACCCACUAACGCGGCACCCCCACUUCCCUUCCCUUCCUAUCCCCACACCCCUUAAUGUAAAGUUAACAUUACUUAGUUUAAUUAGCUUGAAAACGCUAUUGAGUUAUUUUCCACCUUAUUGUUUCGUUUUGUAUUUUAAUUUUUAUUAUGAUU